CAAACCAACAGAAGAAGCUCUCUGGCGAGUGACAGGAGCCCAGCGUGGGGUGGAGGGAGAUGCAGGUGAAGUGCAUUUUCAGGUCGGGGCUGCUGUUUGCCACUCUGUCUCUUGUCAUCGCCAAGCACAAGCCGUCUUCCUCUGCGAAACGCUGUUACCCAAGGGGCACGCUGUCCCGGGCUGUUGAUACCCUCCACGUCAAGGCGGCAUGGCUCAAAGCUACAAUUCCAGAAGACCGCAUAAAAAAUAUACGAUUAUUAAAAAAGAAAACCAAAAAGCUAUUUAUGAAAAACUGCAGAUUCCAAGAACAGCUUCUGUCUUUCUUCAUGGAAGAUGUUUUUGGUCAACUCCAAUUACAAGUCUGCAAGGAAAUACACUUUGUGGAAGAAUUCCAUAGCCUUAGGCAGCAACUGAGCCGCUGUGUUUCCUGUGCUUCAUCAGCUAAAGAGAUGAAAACGAUUACCAGGAUGAAAAGAACAUUUUAUGGGAUUGGAAACAAAGGAAUCUACAAAGCUAUCAGUGAGCUGGAUAUUCUUCUUUCCUGGAUGAAACAAUUCCUGGAAAGCAUUAAGUAAUGCAAGAAGCCAAGUGCAUGGAUUUGAUUAUUAUCUUGGAAUAUAAUGAGAACCACUGGAAAUAAAUUUAUAAGAAUGUAUUGCUUUUAAAAAGCUUUUGUACAUGGUUCCGAUAUCAAGUUAAAUGAUUCAGAAAAGACUAGGGAAAUUUAACAUAAUAAAGUU